UUCUACAAGCCAAAUUCUACUUCAUUCUUAUUAAACUUGAAAUUUUAAAUUUUAAAUUGACAUAACCCUUGAUGCCUCUGUUCUUAUCUCGCCAGGCUCAUGCCAUGUCUCACGCCUGCUGCUGCCCAAGCCUCAUGCUACACUCUUCACUUCCAUUAUAAUCUGACCAUUACGUGCUCUAAGACGCUGUCCUCGGCGAGGCGUAGUCCCGGCCCAGUGUAGCAGGGAUGACGUCAGUUAGCAAGAAUCUCACAAGAAACCUCACCGACGUGCAGCAUUUGCCUACAAAAACGCAGGUGCACAACGAAGAACAAAUGCACCGCAAGCCGAUCCACAGACAACUAACGUCGGCCCACAGGAAACAGACGCAGGACCAUAGGCAGCAGACGCCGGACCAUAGGCAACUAACGUCGGACCACAGGCCUCUGACGCAGGACCACAGACAACUAACGUCGGCCCACAGGAAACAAAUGCAGGACCAGAGGCAACACCCGCCAGCCAUGGGGCAGCGUUCUCCUCUCGUUGCCACCCAGGAAGGAAGGUCAGGUCCUGAGCCUCGUCUGACCACCGACGCUCGCAGUGUCUCCCCUAAAGUGUUCCACUGCCCCGACUGCGACUACUGCACUGUCUACGGCUUCCAUCUCAAGACGCACAUCCGACGCAGACAUCUGCACGAGAAGCCUCUGCAGUGCACCAGCUGCGCCUACAGCUGCGUCUCCACGUCAGACCUCACACGACAUCGUCAGUACAAGCACACGUCAGCGCGUCCCUUCAGGUGCCGCCUCUGUCCUUACGCGUCGGCUUCAGCGAGCAACCUGAGGACCCACAGCCGCGGCAAACAUGGCUGCCAACUGCUGGCUUCUGGACAUGAAUCUCUGGCAGCUGCAGAACCUGACUCUCGGGACGCGGGCUCCGUGACGGAGGUGACGCUACAGCAGCAGUCCGUGUCCUGCAGUCCCGUGGUGCGGCGCUACAGCUGCCCCGCGUGCCACUACACGACGCCCUCCCUGAGCGUCCUCAAGUACCACACGGCGGAGACCCACAAGAGCCACAUGAGGUUCAGGUGUGGCGAGUGUGGCUACAGCACCCCCAGCAAAGGGUUCCUGCAGAGGCACUACCGCCAGCAGCAUCCUGAUCACAAGCCGCUGCUCUGCAACAUGUGUGACUUCUCGACGCGCUGGGCGCUGGCGCUCAAGAACCAUUUCAUCACCAAGCACCACGACCAGCUGCUGCUGGACUUGCAGGUCGGAGAGACGGAUCUUGGUGACCUGCAGCAGUCCGGCAGGUCUUCUGAGGGCAGGUCUUCUGAGAGCAGGUCUUUUGAGUGCAGGUCUUCUGAGUCCAGGUCUUCUAAGGGCAGGUCUUCUGAUAGCAGUUCAGGGCCAGCCACUCUCGUGCAUGUGGUCGGGGCGAGGGAGGUGAUCGAACUGGAUUACGGACUCAGAGCUGAGCAGCCGGUGGCAGGUCAUGAAGCAGGUGGCAUGGAGGGACACUGCGUGGAGGGCGACGGUUUCUACGUGGAGGACGAAGAGCACUGCAUUGUGGACGAAUAUCACUGCGUGGAGGACGAACAGCAUGAUGUGGUGGACGAGGAAGUUGUCAUAGAACAUGAGGUGAUAGAAACCUUUGAUGUGGAAUACGACCUCCCAGUUUAUAGACAUGAUGACGUCAUAGGAACUCAAGCUUGUGAACCAAUCGAACCUGUCGGCCGUGAAGAGAGACAAGAGGUACCCAGCCAAGAGAGACAAGAAGGCCCCGACCAAGAGAGACAAGAGGGCCCCGACCAAGAUAGACAAGAGGGCCCCGACCAAGAUAGACAAGAGGUCCACGACCAAGAGAGACAAGAGGGCCCCGACCAAGAGAGACAAGCGGGCCCCGACCAAGAGAGACAUGCGGGCCCAGACCAAGACAGACAAGAGGGCCCUGACCAAGAGAGACAAGAAGGCCCCGACCAAGAGAGACAAGAAGGCUCCGACCAAGAGAGACAAGAGGUCCCCGACCAAGAGAGACAAGAAGGCCUCGACCAAGAGAGACAAGAGGACCCCGACCAAGAGAGACAAGAGGUCUCCAAUCAAGAGCUCUUGAAGACGCGCGUAUUUUAUGAAGCACCUGACGGGAUCACCGCCCACGAAUUAUACGAAGAAGAACUCAUGGACGCCGAGAUUAUUUACGAGGAUUCUGGUGACGUUGUGGAGCAGGAGGAGGUCGUCAGAACCUACGUCGCUGAUGAGCAGGACGUGUUAAGGCCUCACCAGGACGACGAAGGCGGAGGACUGUCACGGGAACCUCACGCCUUCAUCGCCGAAACGGAACACCGCGCCAUGGAGGAGGACGUCGUAGUCUCUUGCCGCGACCCCGUCAGUUAUGAUGACAGAAGAGCUUAUGAUGAGAACAAUGUUCCCUACUGCGACAACAGAGCCACGUUUAAUGAGAACAAUGUUCCCUACUGUGACAACAGAGCCACGUAUAAUGAGAACAAUGUUCCCUACUGUGACAACAGAGCCUCGUAUAAUGAGAACAAUGUUUUAUAUGAUGCACAGCAAGGCUCUUACAUUGCAAAUAAUGUCUCCUUAAAUAGAAACAGAAGAUAUCCUACAGAAAAUAAUAUCCUUCGAGGUGAUGUGAAAGGAUCUCAUGUCAACCGAGGCCCUCUAAACCAACAAGAGCUUCCUGCUGCUGCCGGUGAGGGCGCCUGUGGGCAAGACAAGAAGAAAGCACACGUUGAUUUUCUCCAGCAGGAAGUUUUGAAGGGAGAAAUUUUUACGCUUCCUGAUAUUUUAGGCACCGAAGAUGGCUUUUGCGCUCUCGAAGAAACCAAAACGGGAUUAAGGAAGACGGGACAAAUCGAAACUCUAGACGUUACUGCUAACGAUUUCUUCGUUGACGUCCAGGACCCAAGGCAACGGACUGAUGAAGAUCAAAAUUUGAGAACCGUUCGCGGUGAAGAAAGACAGUUCAUCCCUGACAGUUCGACGUCAAUAGAAGAAAAACGGCGACGAGGAGGAGAAAAAGAAUCAGUUUUUGUCAUCGACAGCGAGGCUGCGGAGUUGAGUUUGGAGAGACCGAGGGCGGCUCUGUAUCAGUGUAGCGCGUGUUCCUACUCCAGCCCGCUGUUCCACAACGCCCUGAAGCACGUGCAGCGCCGCCACAGGAGGGAGAAGCCCUUUGUGUGCGACCAAUGCCCCUACGCGGCGGGCUCUAAGGACGACCUACAGCGACACAAGCGCUACAAACACAGCAACGAGCGCCCCUACAGGUGCACGGAGUGUGACUACGCCUCCGUCGUGCUGUACAACCUGCAGGUGCACUACAGGUUCAAGCACAAGCACGCCUUUAAUUACAAGUGCAGCGAGUGUCCUUUCUCGGAUACUUUGAAACAGAAAGUCCUCGCGCAUUACCGCAAAGUCCACAAAGACACAUCGGACAACGAGGACCAGGAAAAAACCUUCAGGUGUCGCGAGUGUGACUUCCAGACGACCACCAUACACCUUCUGCGUGCGCACUGCCGACGCAGACACUCAGGCCGCAAGUCGUUUAAGUGUCGCGUGUGUGGGGCGCCCUUUGAGACCAGGGACACUUUAAUGGUCCACCAGCGGCAGCAGCACGUGGAGCUCAGGCCCUUCGUGUGCAGCGACUGUCACUUCUGCUCCGCCUACAAGUGCGUCUUGACGCGUCAUCGGCUCAAGGAACACACGCGGGACAAGCCCUACCAGUGCACCGACUGUGACUUCGACGCCUGCGACGUGAGGGCCGUCCAGCGGCACUACAGGAGGGCGCACUCCCUGGGGGCGGCGUGAGGGGCGUGUUGCACUGCCUGGGGGCGGCGUGUUGCACUCCCUGGGGGCGGCGUGUUGCACUGCCAGAGGACGGCGUGUUGCACUGCCAGAGGGCGGCGUGUUGCACGUAGGGUGUUGGAUCUCACGUAACACGCGUGUAGGAAUUCACGCGAAAUUAUCAAUGACUACUAAAGGGGUCCAUCUUCUCAGAUGAUUAUCAUGUCAUGUGUUAUAAAUAUUAUAAAUCCUGCUUGUAAUUGUCCAUGUAUUGUGGUAAUAAUUCCUAAUAAAUAAUUAAUAGUAAUUGUAACGCGUAUAAAUUAUAGAAGCAAGCAGCCAAAACUGUCUUCAACUUCCAGCACCUCAGCGACUGUAGAAUAAAACUUCUACUUUUU